GGGCUGAGCACCAGUGCUGGGGCAGGACACUGGUUGCUGCACCCCCGAGGAGCAGGAGCAGCCGCACUGUCACCCUUCACGGCCACGCGACGCAUCGGGCACCCGUACCAGAACCGGACGCCACCCAAGCGCAAGAAGCCGCGGACGUCCUUCUCCCGGGUGCAGAUCUGCGAGCUGGAGAAGCGCUUCCACCGGCAGAAGUACCUGGCCUCGGCCGAGCGUGCCACCCUGGCCAAGGCCCUCAAGAUGACGGAUGCCCAGGUCAAGACUUGGUUCCAGAACCGCCGCACCAAGUGGAGGCGUCAGACGGCGGAGGAGCGCGAGGCAGAGCGGCAACAGGCCAACCGGCUGAUGCUGCACCUGCAGCAGGAGGCUUUCCAGAAGAGCCUGGCACAGCCCCUGCCGCAGGACCCGCUCUGCAUGCACAACUCCUCGCUCUAUGCCCUGCAGAACCUCCAGCCCUGGGCCGAGGACAACAAGGUGACAUCGGUGUCGGGGGUGGCCUCUGUGGUGUGAGGGCCCCGGGUGUCGCUGAUGUGCCGGGAGGUGGCAGUGGGAGCCCAGCCUGCAGCAGGGAGGGGACUGCAGCUUCCUGGGGGCCUCCCAUGGGCAGCCCCCUCCCUGCCACUGACAGCCCCCCCUUGGGCCCCCUGGCUGGGUGGCCAUGCCCCUGCAACUGGACUCAAAGCUUUACCAAAUCCCACCUGGAGCACCACUGUGGGCAGCCCCCUGCUCGGACCCCUGGGAGCCCACAGACAGGUCCCUACACCCUGCAGGGUUCUGCAGCCCCCUCACCCCAGGGUCCCUGUGCCAGGGCAGCUCCUUG